CACGUGAUGACGCAGGAGUCACAUGACGUCUUGUCAGGCGCUGCAACAAAUCCAAAAAAAAACAAAACUGUCCGAUGUUUCUCCUUCUUCCCUCAACGCGAUAAGUGAGCUCAUCGCGGCCAGUGAUAAUUUUAAAAUAGACAGUAAAACAGGAAAACAAAGCAGACUGGGUCAACAGAGUCGUUGCAAAUGGAGGUAGAGGGGAUGGAGGAGGAGGGAGCAUCGUCCCAGAGUGAACUUCCCCACAGUGAAGAUCCCCAGUUGCCACAGCAGGAAUCACUACAUCUGAAGAGCUCAGCCCCCGUAGAGAACGUGUAUGUGGAUAAGAAAGCUGUGGACAAACUAACAGAAGGAUUACUCUCUCACUACCUACCAGACCUGCAGAACUCUAAACGAGCCCUCCAAGAGCUCACACAAAAUCAGGUGAUAUUGUUAGACACACUGGACCAGGAAGUCACCAAGUUCAGAGAAUGUAACGCCUUGCUGGACCUCAAUUCCCUGUUUACAGAGGCAAAGAUUUACCACAACAAACUGGUGAACAUAAGGAAAGAGAUGAUCAUGCUCCACGAGCGGACGACAAAGCUAAAGAAAAGAGCUUUGAAGCUGCAGCAACAAAAGCAGAAGGAGGCGCUGGAGAAGGAGCAGCAGCGCGAGAAGGAGCUCGAGAGAGAACGGCAGCUUACAGCCAAACCCGCUAAGAGAAUGUAGGACCCUCUGUUACGCGCGCUGUAUUAAAGGACCCCCGCAGGUGGUUUUGCAUGUUUUAGUCGAUUUAUUACACAUCAGCCAUGCGUCUCAUAACUGCGGACCAUUUUCCAAAGCGCAACGUAUUUUUUUAAAGAUAUUUUUUUACCUUUUUUUAUGACGAAAACACGGUAGAGAAUCAGAGGAUGGAGUGCAGAAGAAGUGCAGGGGGAGGGUGCAUGGGAUGGAGCUCAUUGCGGCUCAUUGUUUCCACUUAUUUUGUAGGAUUUUUGUGGCAUCUAGCAGCAACUGUGCACCCAUUGUCUCACUCUUCCUCCUCCAAGUGUGUAGGAGAACCUAUGGUGGCAGACGCACGACAGCUGUGAAAGGGCUCUUGUCAGGCCGGUUUUCGGUUCGAAAGAGGACCCGCUCCAUGUGUUGAUGUGAAGGAGUUUACACUUUACUAGAAACAGAAAUAUGCAUCUCAUAUUCAGUUUCUCCUAACAGAAAAACAGUAAAUCCCUCACACUGGUGUGUUGCAUGUAAUCAAUCACAUCUAAUUUAUAUAUUUGUUGCAUGAUGAUACGCUUGACAGUAUUCAUUCAUUUUCAUGGGUUUGAUUUGCACAAUACAUACAGUUAAGACGAUAAAAGCUUUUACCUAUAUCAGGUAGGUUUAUGUGGUAUAUUUGAGGACAGGUUUGCCACCUAUUAACUGCUGACCUUGUUUAAAAGUUUUGGAAAUGGCUUCAAACUCCUGUAGCUUAACACUUUUCAUUUCUUAAUUUUCUACCUAAUUUUCUACCUAGACUCAAGACCUCAUUAGGAAACAAACUUGGAACAGGCUAGAGUUUUGAGAAAGUAAGAAUCAGUUAAAACUCACUUUGGAAAAUGGUUUGCUUAAUAUGCUGGUUGGUGGGUUUUUUUUGUUAUUCUUUGCGAAUCGGCCAAAAGUUGCAAAACCCCUGAUGUGUGUUCCCGUCUGACAUUUGCCAAGAUCACCACAAACCAAAGACAUGGACUAAAUCAUCAAAUGCUGGUACCCGCUCUCCACCUCUGACGACACGCAAACCUGUGCAGUCUCACUGAGAACAGAACAAAUUGCUCCGAGACACUUUAGGAGAAUCACUGCGUCCGCUGUCUUUUGUAAAAUAUUAAAUGUUGUCCCUGGGCGCCGUGCCCUGUUUAGUGUUGAAUGUUAUAAAAACAGGCAUGUUGUUAAAAUAGUUCUGCACUAAAUUUGACUGAGUAUCCGAGGUCCAGUUAACGUGUCUGAGAUUAUACGAUAAUCAAACGUUGCCCUCACUACACACUGCAUCUGUAAAUGUGUUCGGCAGACAUUUUGAGAAGCUUCUAUGCACUAGUUAUGCCUGAAACUAUGCUAUUUGUACAGUUAAUAAUAAAAGCAGAAGAAAA